AGGCGGACGGAGGAGGGAGGCACGCAACGGCGUCGGGGCGCGUGCGCAGCAGCGCGAAGCGGAGCGGGAGAGAUGAGAGAAACUACGCGUCCCUUCCACCACGAGACCCCCCCAACCCCCACCCCCCCUCCUCGCUCUCCUUCCCCCCCAAAUCCCCCUCACCUCAUCGUCGCCACGGGCCCAGCCCAAUACCCUACUCCCCCGCCGAACCCUAACCCUAGCUCCCCCUCCUCCUUUCCGCCACUCGCCGCCGCCGCCGCCGCCGGGGCGGGCGGCUCCUGCUGGAUUGAGGUACCACGGGUAGCUAAGUCGGUAGGCGCCUGAUUUGGGAGAUCAGGGUGUCCUGUAAUGGAGGGGCAUGGCAACCCUCCACUGAAUGCGGCGGAAGCAGUUUUGAAGAGGCCCAGGAGUGUUGCUUCAAGGAAGCCGAGAUCGAAGGAGCAGCUCAUUAGUGAGUUCAAGGACCUCUCGUGCACGCCGUCGCGGAGCAUCUCCCCGGAAGAUGAUGCUGGCGUUGAGGGCAGUGGGCAUCGGCGCAAGGAGUUGUACCUCAAUGGCCCUGAGGCUAGGGGAUCCGUACCACACAGGAGUGACGCGUCCAGAAAAAUAAAGAGAGAUGAUAAUAGAGCUGCAGGAGACCAUGAUGAACAAAAUAAGAGCAGCAAAUCAAAGGAUGGCAAGCAUACUAGUGAGGGGGUCCUGGCUCUUGCCUGCACAAGAAACUCUGGAUCCCCUGAUGGCCAGCAUUUGCCUCCAAAAGACACUACUAGUAUGCCAGGUUUGAGAAAAGUAAAGCUCAAGGUUAGCGGGAUUACUCGACCUCUACAUACAAAAAACAUCCAAGAGGCAAGUGAUGGUGGCACGCUCGGCACAUCAGAUGGCUCUUCUCAGCGGCAUAAGCAAAAGGAUUCUGGUGGGCACAAACAUCACCAAGAUAAGCAUGAUGUUUCACCAUCUUCAGACCUUGUUCGCAAGAGCAAACGGAUUCCUAAGAAGCGAACACUUGAUGGUGAUUCUGGUGAUGAAGAUGGUGGAUCAGGCUAUCUUGUAAAAUUUAAGAUAGCUAAGGUUGUGCCAGAACAAUCUAUAGCUACUGACCAUGCUGGAGAGUAUGAUGAAUCUCUUGAAGAUGAUAUUAAGAAAAAGAGGCUGUCAAAGGUUUCCAAAAACAAGAGCCUUCCAUAUGAAGUGGACGAAGACUUCACUAUGUACCGAUCUGGCAGGGAUGGUAGGAAGAAGUUGAAACUGGUGGAUAGCGAUGAUUUUAUUGAAGAGGAACCUGAGAUGGAUGAGCCAAAGAAGAGACUAAGUGAAGCUGAUUCACAUUCAGAUGUAAAGAAUGAAACUACUGGCCUUAUAACCAGGCAGCGUGCUCUUCAAGGCAGAGGUGGCAAUGGUGAAACUCUGAUUGAAUUUCCUGAUGGAUUACCAACUGCUUCAUCGAGAAGGCAAAAGGAUAAGGCUUCUGAAGUGGAGGCACAAGCCAAAAAGGCAGAAGCGGCUCAGAGGCGUAAAUUGCAAGUUGAGAAGGCAGAGAGGGAACAACAGGCCGAAGCAGUGAGGAAAAUCCUGGGUAUUGAUAUUGAGAAGAAAAAAGAGGAGAGGAAACAGAAAGAGCGGGAUGAGAAGGAAAAGCAAGAAAAAACAGAAGAAUAUAGAAGGAACUGCAUCCAAUGUGUCAUGGGGCCAGAAGGAACUGUUGUCACAUUUCCUGAUAAGAUGGGCCUCCCUAGCAUAUUUGACUCCAAGCCUAUCAGCUAUCCACCUCCAAGGGAGAAAUGUGCAGGCCCUUCAUGCACAAAUCCAUACAAGUACCGGGACUCGAAGACGAAGCUUCCGCUCUGCAGCCUGCAGUGCUACAAGGCUGUCCAGGGAAGCUCUGAGGCUGCCCAGGGAAGCUCUGAGACGCUAACAUGCUGAUCUCAGAAAUUAAAGGAUGGUGGUGAGGCAAUCGUGACUGUUUUGUGGAACUGGAGAAUUGUGCUAGUUCCAUUUGCCACCUUUGCUGCUUGUUCUUGUGUUGCCAAUGUUACCUUUUGCCAGUCCUAACAAUCAACCAACCAACAGAGGGGGUGUCGCCUGCUGCUGGCCAUCCUUUUGACUCGUUGUGGAUGCAGCUGCAGUGUUCUCGAUUAAGGAUUAAUUUAGGUGGUAGUCAGAUGAAUGAGAGUGAUGUAUACAUUAGUUGUACAGUGAUCAUCCUACUCGUCAUCGUUGGUCAUGAAAUCAUCUUGAAAAUUGUCUCUCUGUUUGCACUUUGCAGCAGUUGGCUAUUACAAACCAGUUAACAAGAGUGGCAGCAUCAGGAGUUCAGAGGUCA